CGGCGGAGCGUCCGGCCGGCAGCAGUGCGCAGUCGGCGCCGAGCAGGAGACCCUGUGACUGCUCUGCCCGACAUGCUCCGGUGCUCGGCGGGGUGGCCCGUGCGUGCGACUGCUCCGUUUGGGUCGUAUGUGGACAGUGAGCGGUGAACGGCGCCCCGUGACGGGUCGGGCGAUGCCUGUGCUCGGCGGCCGGCAGGGUCUGCGCCGCCUGACCGCCGGUCUGACUCUGGUGUUGACGUGCGUCUUGUUGAUGCAGUCAGCGCAUCGGCAGCAUCCGCGCUGGGUGUCCACGGAACAGAGAGGAGGGACAGAGGAGGACCAGCAGGCCGGCGAGGGCCCGACCUCUGUGAGUGACGUGCUACUGCGGCUGUGUCCUCCGCUGCACGGCCAUGUGGACUCGUCGGACGUGCCUGCCAACGUCCAGCACGUCCUGCGCUGGGCCUGCCUCCAGCUGGAGAAGCCGUCACCGCCGCCGGCCACCCCGACCGGCUGCAAUAAAACGGUCUCUUACCUGCCGAUCGGCCGGCUAGGCAACCUGAUGGGCCUGUACGCCAUCAUCUACAGCUACAGCAGAAUCUACGGCGCUGCCGGGUAUGUGGACGAUAAGAUGCUGACCAAGCUGACGCGCUACUUCCCUGGCCUGUCGCUGCCGCCCUCGUCGCGGCUUCCCACGGGGGUUCAGCGGCACAACAUAUCCUACCAGGACGCCGCCAAGUAUCUCGAGUGCGAGCCGGGGGAACACCACUCCCAGCCGCAGCAUUAUCUGAUUACCAUCUACCCGGACCGAAACGGCAUCGACCUCUUUCACCCGUUCUACUCGGAGCUGCGCCGAGAGUUUGAGUUCUCUGCGCGUCUGCAGCAGCAGGCGCAGACGUUCCUUCACUACGCGCGUGGCAAGCGCAGCACCGUCACCUUCAUCGGUGUGCAUGUGCGCCGUACCGACUACCGCGCAUACAUUGAAACCAAGUACAAGGGCGCGCUGCCCGACGAGGAAUACCUCAGCCGUGCGCUCGACUUCUACCGGCGCCGCUACGCCGACGCGCUCUUCAUCGUCUGUUCCGACGAGCUCGACUAUGUAGCCAAGCAGCUGCACGUGCGUGAGAGCAAAGACAUCGUACUAGCCGGCAACCGGAACCUGGAGGACCCGGGCCGCGACAUGGCGCUGCUGGCGGCCUGCAACCACUCUGUGGUGACGGUGGGCACGUACGGCUUCUGGGGCGCCUACCUGGCCGGCGGCACGGUGCUGGCACCCGAACAGCAGACGCACAUGACCAUGGGCGACCGGCACGCGCCGCUGCUGGAGAUCCAGCUGGCCGGCGCCGACAACUGGGUGGCGCUGAGGUGAUGGAGGACCGCGGCCAGAUGAGCCGAGAGGAGGACCGCGAAGGCCGGGAACUGGGAGGGGCAGCAGAGUCCAGGGACAGCA